GCCCUCGGGGCCAGGAAGCUCAGGAUCCUCGACUCCAAGCAGACCUCCGAGACAUGGGCCGCCGCGGCCCCUCGCCUCCCCAAGAGCGUCGUGAGCCGCACGACACACAAGGAGCCUGGCCUGCUGAGCGACGCCUUCCUCUCCGCCGUCGCGCCGCCGCCGCUUGCCGGUGCUGCUGGGGCCCGUGGGCAACAAGCUCAGCACGGAGAGGACCGCGGCCAGCAGGACGCUGCCGGGGAGGCGCCCCACCGCUGUGCGACCUGCGGGGCGGCCUUCAGGAGGGCGGCCCUUCUCCAGGCCCACAUUCGGACCCAUGCCGCUGAUAAACUGGACAGCGGUGAACACUGCAGCGACAGUAGUUCAGCGGAUAAUGCUGACCUCCGUAGACACGCGGGGACUCACACAGAUGAUAGACCCUUCAGAUGCCUGACUUGCGGCAAAGGUUUCACACGAAGCACCAUACUCCGUAAACAUAUGAUGACUCACACAGGCGAGAAACCUUACAAAUGCCGUACUUGCGGCAAAAGAUUUGCUCACUACACCAGUCUCCGUGGACACAUGAUGACUCACACGGGUGAGAAACCCUUCAGUUGCCAGACCUGCGGCAAACAUUUCUCUGAAAGUAGCAAUCUCCGUAAACACGUUGCCGCCCACGAGCCCAGGACCGCCGCGGCCGCACGCCACCCCAAGCGGGCCGUGAGAAGCAAGACCCACGAGCCCGGGCCGCAGGACCACGUCUCCCUCGCCGCCGCCGAGCCGCCGCCUGCCGGUGCUGCUGGUGCUCGCGGGAAGGAAGCGCAGGACGGCGAGGACCGCGGCCAGAAGGACGCUGCCGGGGAGGCGUCGGAGGCGCCCCACCGCUGUGCGACCUGUGGGGCGGGCUUCAGGAGGGCGGCCCUCCUCCGGGCACACAUGCGGACCCAUGCCACCGGCACCGCCCCCGAGCCCAGGACUUCCGAGCUGAAAGGUACCUCCGGAACGAAUCCC